UACCCGGAAGUUCGACAUGUACAUCCAGACAGCUCGACUUGUAAAUCUAUCCGCUGAAGUUCCUGUGAAUCUGCACAGCUAUUGCGGAAACUGGACCACUCUGUCAGUUGCAGAAGAGUCUGCUCCAUGUCCUUCGCAGCAUUUCGUCAAUAACUUUGUAUUAGCUAAUUUCACCGUGAAUGUGCAGUUGAAUAAGGACUUUAGAAAUGGGAGUAUAGCGGUUGUAGGAGUAGCUCCACAGUAUCUUAGCCUAGCCGAGCUCAGCUACUGAGCUGAACUGGACCAGUUAAGGGCAGGUUUGCAUUUCAAGUUGUGCUAAGUUGACUUUUUGUAAAUAAAGGUUUGCUUCCACAUCUUAACAUGGAGUCGUUUGGAGCCAUUGGCACCGUUCUUGGAUGCUCUGCUGGCAUCGUGGUCGGAGGGCUUGUGUUUGCAGCGUACAAACUUGGCUUACUCUACCAGUUGUUUCACAAGACCGAGACCAAGAGCCCACGGCAUGGUGGCGAGAGCGUGGCAGAGGUGCUUCGUGCCCACGGGGUCAAGUACGUUUUCACCCUUGUGGGUGGACACAUCUCACCUAUCCUGGUGGCGUGCGAGAAGAUGGGCAUCCGCAUUGUAGACACCAGACACGAGGCCACUGCUGUCUUCGCUGCUGAUGCUGUGGCACGACUCUCAGGCACUGUUGGUGUAGCCGCAGUGACUGCUGGCCCAGGCCUCACUAACACAGUGACAGCAGUGAAGAAUGCACAGAUGGCUGAAUCUCCAUUGCUGCUCAUGGGAGGAGCUGCUGGUACACUACUUCAGGGCAGAGGAGCGCUGCAAGACAUUGACCAGAUGUCUCUCUUCAAGCCGCUGUGUAAGUUCUGUGCCUCCAUCAGGACUAUCAGGGAGAUUGUGCCUACCGUCAGGAAAGCCCUGGCCAUUGCUCAGUCGGGAACUCCUGGUCCUGUUUUCAUCGAGUUCCCCAUCGAUACGCUCUAUCCCUUUCACCUUGUCUCCAAAGAGUUUGGAGUGAAGAACCCUCCCAAAGGCCUGAUGGGAAAAAUUGUCACAUGGUACCUCAAUAAUCACUUAUUGAACCUAUUUGCUGGAGCCUGGGAAACAAGAGAUGUGUCUCCGCUUCCUGUUGACAUCCCACAAGCCACAGAUGAUCAGGUACAAAAGUGCAUAGAGUUGGUGAGUCGGGCCAAGAAACCAGUAAUUCUGCUGGGUAGCCAAGCAACACUACCCCCAACACCUGUUGAUGAUAUCAGGAAGGCAUUGGAGGACUUGGGCAUCCCAUGCUUUCUAGGGGGCAUGUCCCGUGGCAUGCUGGGUAAAGACAGUCCCAUCCACAUCAGACAGAACAGACGAGAUGCUCUGAAGGAUGCAGACUUGGUGCUCUUAGCAGGCACUGUGUGUGACUUCAGGCUCAGCUACGGCAGAGUUCUCAACAGACGCAGUAAGAUCAUCGCUGUGAACCGAGAUAAGACACAGCUGCUGAAAAACUCAGAUAUGUUCUGGAAACCAACUGUAGCAAUUCAGGGUGACGCUGGUUCAUUCUUAUUGCGGCUUUCAAAAGGCCUGAAGGGCCAUCACUGUCCGGAAGAAUGGCCUCAGAGUCUCAAAGCAGGAGAUCUGACCAAAGAAAAUGCAAACAGGGCUAAAGCUGAUGAGAAAACCGAACAUCACUUAAAUCCCUUGAAAGUCCUCCACUGUGUGGAUGAGCUGAUGUCAGAGGACAGCAUCAUUGUAGCCGAUGGGGGCGAUUUUGUUGGAAGUGCUGCUUACAUAAUGAGACCAAGAGGACCUAUGCGUUGGCUAGAUCCAGGAGCCUUUGGGACCCUGGGAGUUGGAGGAGGAUUUGCCCUGGGGGCAAAACUGUGCCGACCUGAAUCUGAAGUUUGGAUUGUCUAUGGUGAUGGCUCCUUAGGAUACAGUGUCGCGGAGUAUGACACGUUCACUAGGCAUAAGACACCAGUCAUAUCUGUGGUGGGAAAUGAUGCAUGCUGGAGUCAGAUAUCCAGAGAGCAGGUUCCCAUACUCGGCAGCAACGUGGCUUGUGGCCUUGCAUUUACAGAUUAUCAUAUAGUGGCAGACGGUUACGGUGGUAAAGGCUACCUUGUGGGGCGCGAGGACGAGGACAGGCUAAGUGACAUCAUCAAACAGGCUCAGAAGGAGAGCCGAGAGGGCAAGGCUGUACUUCUGAAUGUUAUGAUAGGGAAGACCAACUUUAGAGAGGGCUCUAUUUCUGUAUAGAGCAGCUGUGAUUUCUUGAAACAGUGCAGUCCUCUUCCUUUACCCUUUGGCUCUUCAUAGACUUGUCAGGCUCUAUGAAGGUUUAUAGGAAGAACAUACUGUUGGAUACUCAGCACUGACCAGACCUAUGCUAAUCCUUUGUGCCCUUAAAGCCAUAUUGCUGAGAGGAAAUGACUUUAAAGUACGCAGAUCUUCUUUUAUGAGCAGUCAGUUGCAAUAACACUUCAGGAUCAUACCAGUAACACAUCUGCAAAGUCAUGACUGAUUUGUCAUUAUCAAACGGUGACUGUUCAUAAGCAGCAUUUAUAACAAUGUUUAUAAUGCAUAGCUACCUAAUUCGUUAUCCUGCAUUUAUUUUGGUCAUAAACUAUUAAGUUCUACUUAAGUAAAAAUACAAUAACCCUAGAUCUGCCAGCCGAUAAACUAAAGCUUUAGUUGUGCUUCAUGCUACUUUCAGGUUCAUGUUGUGCUAUCUCAGCUAAUUGCUGCAUUUUAAAAAGGGAAACAGUGAAAAGUGAGGAAACUUGCUUUGUCUUGGGAUUUUACCUCUUCAGGAGCUUGGGGUCAGAUUUUUGAACUCCAAGCAGCCUAUUAUAACUUUAGAUAUUUCUUGCAAAUAUAAACCAGUGACUGAAAUCGUUUGUGAGCGAGUGCAUUGGUUUAAGUUAUGAAAUGUGACCAGUAUGCCUUUCUCUCCUGUUAUCAAAUGAACAUGGAGCCUUUUUAUGAUGAGGAUACAUGAAAUCUAACAGCUGUAAUGUUCUUAAUCAGUUGAUUAUUUGGGAUAAAAAUCUUGUGUUGGAUAUGAUUUUUUAUUCUUUUUUGAAUGUUGAAGAUCGACAAAUGGUAUGUCUUUCAGUGUUUGAUUGUGUCUUGGAAUACAUUGGUAUGUAUAUAUUGAAAA